AGUCCCUGACACACCUGUUCACAUGGUGAAGAAGUACAUUGUGUACAAAUAUUGUCUGCUGCAGCUUUUCCGCUGUUGUCCGGUUUGCACCAGAACAUGGAACAUCACAAAGCGGUUCAAAGGCACCCUGAUUUCCACUGUCCAGAUAUGGCCUCACUGUGACCACAUCAAGACAUGGAAGAGUCAGCAGUAUGUGUCCGACACCCCUGCAGGCAACCUCCACCUAACUGCAGCUAUUGCUUUCACAGGCUCUUCUAUUGCUCAGACAAACAAGGUAAAGCAAUAUAUGUUGUAGUGCCACCUAAUACCUUUCAUGUAAGUACAUAAUGCUGAACAGCUCUUUUAUGUGCUUAAUUUCUGUUUCAGAUCCUGAAUGCACUAAAAGUGCAGAUCAUAUCUGAGUCGACCUUUUACAGCCAUCAGAAAACGGUCCAGCUUCCAACCAUAUACUGGCAGUGGAAGUCAGAGCAGAGAGUCAUCCAGCAGUAUGUCAGGGAACCUGUGGAUCUUGGAGGGGAUAUGACAGCAGACUUGCCUGGCCACUGUGCAAAAUGUGGUUCGUAAAAUGUAUUUGCAUGCUCGUAAAAUGUAUUUGUGGAGAAAGGUACACAUGCCUGCAUGUCCUACGCAUAUUUGACCAUACGCACACAUAUACAAAUGUCCACAAUUCUCUUGUGUUGGACGGACAUUGAUCUCAAACACUAACAUCUAACGGGGUCCUACACCAUGGUCAACUUCAACAUUAACAGAGUGCUUGAUGUACAACUUGUAAAGGUGAGCUUUUCAUCCGUGGAGUACCUUUUUACAUUUUACAUUUUAGUCAUUUAGCAGACGCUCUUAUCCAGAGCGACUUUUCAGUGCCAUGUUGGUAAUGGCAAUCCUGAAUCCUGAUUUGGGAGCCUCUGUGCCCAGCCUAACAAAGAUUGAGGGAAACAUUGCUAAUGAUACUGUUAAUCUCUUCCACAGAGCAACGAAGUUGGCAAUAGUCUGAGAAUGGAGAAGGAGGGACUGCUGAGGAGCAUCGUGUCAGAUGUCAGCAUCGGCUCCAUUAUCACAGAUCAACACAUCUCAAUCCAG